UCUGCAAAGCUGGAGGAGCAAAGGAGCUGCAUUUGAUCUCCUCCAAGACCAGGAGCCAAAGGGGAGAAAAAGAGCCAGGUGCACAAUGAAGUUCUAUUCAUUCACCACCUUUGGUCUACUACUUAGUUCACUUGUAUCCACUACUCUCCAAAGCAGUAGCACCACGAUGAUGGGAACGUCUACUCCUCGCCCUGACAGCACCACCUUAUCACUGCUCUUGAACCACACCAGGUCGACUCCUGGCCUGGCCAGAGAAGCCACCACAGGACUGGCCAAUGAGAACACCACAUCUCCGACAGGAUUUGUUGAAAGAACCACUGUGGCAUUGGCCACCAAUGUCACACCUACAGCAGAUGCCGUCACCAAUGUCACUACACCACCAACGGGCACCACUGCACUGUUAGUCAACAACAACAACACUACGUCUCUUUCCAGCACCAUCAAAUCUUUGGCCACACCACUAGCCAACGAUACCACUAUGUUGCUAGAAAGCAAAACCACCAUAUCAGCUUCUACUCUGAUACACACCAUAUCAUCGAUUGGGAAAACUACAAUAUCAUCCAACAACACAUUUUUUUCCAGCACCAUCAAAUCUCCGGCCAAGAAUGCUACCACACCACUAGCCAACAAUACCACUACGUUGCUAGAUAACAAAACUACCAAAUCAACUUCUACCCUGAUGAACACAUCACCAAUCAGUAAAACUACAGUAUCAUCCAACAACAUGACGUCUCAUUCCAGCACCACCAAAUCCCCAGCCAAGAAUGCUACCACACCACUAGCCAACAAUACCACAACGUUGCUAGAAGACAAAACCACCAUACCAACUACUACCGUGAUGACCACCACAUCACCAAUUGGGAAAACUACAAUAUCAUCCAGCACCAUCAAAUCUCUGGCCAAAAAUGCUACCACACCACUAGCCAACAAUACCACUAUGUUGCUAAAAAACAAAACCACCAUAUCAACUUCUACCCUGAUACACACCAUAUUAUCGAUUGGCAAAACUACAAUAUCAUCCAACAACAAUACGUCUCUUUCCAGCACCGUCAAAUCUCAGGCCAAGAAUGCUACCACACCACUAGCCACCAAAACCACUACAUUGCCAAAAAACAAAACCAUCACAUCAGCUUCUACCCUGAAGAAUACCACAUCAACUAUCAGUAAACCUACAAUAUCAUCCAACCAGGAGACGAAUUCCACCAUGUCUACUCCUCGCUUAGCCAGCAGCACUAUAGGUAUUUCUACUAGGCUGGCAAACACGACAACAGUGAAAGUGUCUGCUGCAAAAACCACUAAGAAUGGGAACACUGCUGUAUCGGCACCUUCGUUUCUUGCAUUUGCACUGCUUGCUCUUGCAGGACUUUGCUUAUAAGAAAGCUUUCUCUAUUUGUCUGCUGCCGUUCGAGAAGGGAAGCAGCAGACUUCCUCUUCUCUCUUGACCACUCUUCAAUCAGUUCUUUGAUCAGUUUGACUAUAUUUUUACGCAGCACUCUCAGUCUCUUAAUGGAACAAUCAUCUGAAUUCACAUCCAAAUCAGGAUUCAAAUGAUCACCACAUUCAAAUCCAAACAUUACAGAGGAGAUGGAUUAUUUGAAUAGGUGAACUAUAGUUUAAGGACAGCCACAGUUUUCAACCUAUCCAAUGAUCCUUCCUAAAAAGUUAUUAGUAAAUGGUCCGUUAUUUCGAGAUGAACCGGAGACCACUACUAGCUCAAACUGCAUCUGACGCCAGUUCCCAGAAUCUGGGAAUGUUAUUCUUUUUUGGACAACAAAGCCACCAGGCUUGUGGGCUGGGGAUUCUGGGAACUAUAGGUAACAUUGCAAAGUGGAAAAAGCAAUUCAUCGUCUUAUGUUACUUGGGGAUGAGAGGGAAUGGAGGCAUAUUUACGAAAUAUCUAUGUAUGUAUGUAAGGCCACCAGCCCAGUGACACUCCUCUUUGAGCUAAGCUCAGCAGGUGAUGUAUUAGCUCUGGAAUUGGCUAAAUUAAGAAAGGAAAUCAUUAUGGCCUUUGCCCCUAUUAGCUAAGGCUUUCAUGCCCAGAAUCACUCAUUUGUUGUACGCAUUUCAGACUGUCUGGCCAUGUUCCCAA